AACUGGAUAAGCACAGACAUCACCAACCUGUGCAAAGGUGAUUCCCACAGCUGAAAGAAAGAAGCAUUUUUUGAGCAAAAGGAGCUUUUCAUGUUACAGGAGCUGAAGCCAAGCCUUUUCCAGUAUGCUGAAGAUAUGUGGACUUCAAUUUCUGCUUGCCAUUCACUCGGUUAUGUGCCUUAAUCUGGAGGGCUUGCUUGAAACUGGGCCUCUGAAGGACAUGGACUUCUCUGUUCAAGAAGGAGGGGCUCCACGUGUCCUUCACAAGUUCACACUUGAGCCACCUGCUGUGAGUUUCAGAAUUUCUGGUGAAACCUCUGGAAUAAUUGACAUUGAACCGAAGAUGGGCAUGCUGUAUAUCAAUGGGUCUCUGGACUGGGAGACCAAACAAGUGCACAAGCUGCAGGUGGAAAGUGUGGAUGAAAGUGGACACRUAGUGAAAGGUCCAUAUACUGUUACAAUACAUGUGGARGAUAUCAAUGACAACCCACCAGAAUUUGAUCAGAAAAGGUACUUUGGAGUAGUGAGGCAGAACUCCCGUCCAGGCAAGCCCUUCAUGUCUGUUCAUGCCACUGACCGUGAUGAUCCUACAACUCCCCAUGCACAGCUGUCAUACAGCAUUCUCCAUCAUUUUCCCAACCCUUAUGAAGAAAUGCUUUUCCAGAUUGACAGUGAAACUGGAGAAAUYUCACCAAGCAAGACAGGCUCUUAUUACCUAGAUCCUCAAAAGCAGAACACCUUCACACUUGUUGUCUCYGUGAGGGACAUGGCAGGGAUGACAGCGAAUGCUUUCACAAGCAGUGUUGAUGUGCACAUCAUUGUGAUGGAGAGCCUGUGGAAAGCUCCCCCACCCAUCCACAUCCGGGAAAACUCAACCCAGGUUCACCCUGUCAACAUCAGCAAGGUGCGGUCAAAUGAACCAGGUGUAAUUUAUGGCAUUUUCGAGAAAGAGAAGCUGCCCAGRCUCCCAUUUUCCAUCAGUGAGAAUGGGGAUAUUUAUGUGACYGAACCAUUGGACAGGGAAGAAAAGGACAUGUACACAUUCUUUGUGUACUCAAAAGAUAACAAGGGAGAGCUGGUGGACAAGCCUUUGCAAAUUCAAGUUAUUGUGGAAGACAUCAAUGACAAUCCCCCUGUGUGCCAGCAGGCCCUCACCGUAAUUGAAGUUCAAGAAAAUGAAAGUGGAGGAAGUAACAUUGGCACCGUGCUUGCUACAGACAUGGAUAAGGAGAACACCUUUAACUCUCGUCUGCAUUUCCAAAUCCAAAGUCAAGAUCCUCAAGUUCCUGAAACGAAUCUCUUCUUCAUUCAGCAAGACACUGGGGCUUUGCACUUAGCUGGCCGUUCCUUGAACAAGCGUGAUUCGCCCGUGUAUUCCUUGAAGGUCCUGGUGUCAGAUUCGAAAUUCCAAACAAUCUGUGAUGUGGAAGUACAUGUCAUUGACAUCAAUGAUCAAAUUCCCAUCUUYGAAAAAUCCAAUUAUCAAGAUGUGACUGUGGCAGAAGAUAUCCCAAUAGGAACUGUGAUAUUAGAAAUUCAAGCUACUGAUGGAGAUGAACCUGGAACGGGGAGCUCGUUCAUCACUUACCAAGUGWUGGAAGGAGAUCGCAAUAACACGUUCAUCAUAGAGACAGACCCUGGAACAAACCGAGGCUUUGUCAAGAUUAACAAGGCUCUUGAUUUUGAAACAAUGCCUGUGUAUAACCUGGUGAUCAACGCCACAAAUCCUGAACCUCUGGUGUCAAAUGUGCAGUAUAACUCAAGCUCUCUUACCUCRUUUAAAGUUGUUGUAACAAAUGUGGAUGAGCCACCUGUUUUCAGGAAGCCAGUUUACAAAAAAGAAGUGUCUGAAGAUGUUCCUGUCAAUACCYUGCUCAUGACGGUGGAGGCUUUUGAUCCUGAGGGGGAUUCUGUACGAUACUCCUUAGAAGGUGAUGUGAGAAAAUGGCUAACAAUUGAUUCAGCCACUGGGCAGGUGUACACUGCUUCCCGUUUGGAUCGAGAGCAAGAAGAAAUGUACUCAGUAGAGGUGGUUGUAUCAGAGCAAAAUAAUGCAGCUCAGACAUCCAGAGUGUCCUUGGUUCUACACUUACUUGAUGUGAAUGACAACUACCCACAAUUAGCAACGGAUUAUCCUACUUUCUUCUGCUACCCKGUCAGUGGAGGAGAGAAAACUCUCAUUCAAGCUAUUGAUGCUGAUGAACAGCUUUAUUAUUCAAAAUUUACCUUUUCCCUUGCGGAUGAUAUGAAUGCAAGAAUGAAUUGGGAAAUCUCAAAAGCCAAUGCUACCCAUGCUUACCUCUCCCCAAAACAUGGUAACUUUGAAGAGAAGGAGUAUAACGUUCCAGUARUACUUAAUGACAAUGGAAAUCCACCUUUGGAAAACAAAGUGAAUCUUAAAGUAAGCAUCUGCAAGUGUUCCAGUGAAAAUUCAUGUUUUAUUGAAAUAGAUCGUGACCACUCCUGGCCAACCCCUGGGCAGGCAAUUGGGAUCCUAAUUGGGGUCCUGCUCAUCAUUGGUGCCAUUUUAGCAGCUGUGUUUCUCCACAUGAAAUACAAAGAGAAAAAUGGAAAGAGCCAUCACAAAGAUGCAAAAGAUAAUGCUGAACUCGACAGGCUGUCUUAGUGACUGUUUCAUCAAGAGACAAAACCGCCCUUUGGGCUGUGAAUGAACGUUGAAGCUUCCAAAACCCAGGUGUGUGCUAUCACAAACUGAAGAUAAAAACAUGCAAAAGUAGAUCCAGGAGUUUGGCCUCACUUUUGUACAUAAUACYAUUCAAUAACAAAAUAUAAAACAUAUGUAACCUUCAGCAGCAGCCAUUAAUAAGCAAAUCAGUUUUGACUGAAGUGUUAACUCAUGACAACACCAAAUGCUGAGCUCCUUCAGGGAUCUAAAGAUGGAACCAGUUUUCUUCAUUUGAGAMUUGAAGUAAAUAUGGACUUUGCAGAGAAUUUGUCAACCUUCACCUAUUUAUUUCUUUCCAAUUCAGUAAGUCACUGAAUAUCAGAUCAGGAAAUAAAGUUCUUUGCCUCAUUUGAAGAUACCCCAUGAAGUUGUAGGAAUCUCUCUGACUCUCAGCAAAGGAGGUCCCAAACUUACUGCAAUCUGUAAUCAGCCCUGGGUCAUGCCUGCUCACAUUAUGCUGAAUUUGCACUAGCAAUKUGACAUUUCAWUUUUUCAUUUUUGAUAUCCCACAGAGUAGAAACAGUUUCUGAAGCACCAUGGACUUUCAUUACAGUUUCCAAGUUAAAAAACUCCAAGUUGAGCCAUGUGAAUUUGGGUGAUGCAGUUUUAUCAUACUGCUGCAAAUAUUCCUCUUGCCUCCUACACAUUAGAUAAGAAUAAAGAAGUUCUUUAAAUGUUUUAGUGCCUGCUUAUUUUAUAAAAUAAAUUAAAAAGGAGAGAGUGCRUGAGAGUAAACCAUUGCUGCUUGGUUAUCUAUUGUAUUUAACCCUUACUUUUACAGAUUAAAAAUGGCUCUUUGGCCAGAGUGAUACCUGCCCAGCUGAUUCAAGAUGCAAUGAUUGCUGGAGGUACUUCUAUCUUAGUGACAGUAAAAUGUAUUUGAACCCAGGGUGACACACAGAGAAAGAAAGCCUUUCUCUUGACGGCAUGCCUAUAGAAGGGCAUUUUUGGUGACAGUUUGAGGAAGGCUYUUCUUUUAAGCUAUAAAUAAAAGCUGACAAAUACUGUGUUAAACUGAAAAGACAAUAUACUUUUGAAAACAUUGAAGAAAAGGUCAUAUGGAAAAGAAUAUAUUUGUUUACCCAGGAUUUUUUUUAAUGGCUUUUGCAUGCACCACAGAACUAGAAAGAAAAAAGCACUUUUUUUGGUAGMAUUGCAUUUAUAAUAGGUUUUCCUAGAAUGCUGCCAGCAAAAACUUUGCUUUUGGGCUUCAGUAACACAACYCAAUUGUUGUACCUCUUGCCCCAGCUUCCCCAGCUGUCGGAGCUCUAUUAUUUGCUGGGGGGCUCACUGCUGGAAUGUAUUUAUUUUAUGAUGGGAAUGCAAUCCAUUAUAUUUGGAAAGUAUGACAYUCAGUUACGUCAGUGUGUCCAGGGAUUAAGAUUAGUAUAUUGUUUUAUA